UGGAAGCAGAGAAGGCAAUGGCAAUGGCGAUGGCGAUCGGGGAGAAGGAAGCAAAAGAAGAGUAUCCACCCGGAUUCCGCUUCUACCCGACGGAGGAGGAGCUUAUCUCCUUCUACCUCCGCCACCAGCUCGUCGGAACCAUCCCCGAGAAGCACCGGGUUGUCCCCCUCCUCAACAUUUACGACUCCGAGCCCUGGGACCUCCCGAAUUUCGCCGGCGAGCUCUGCAGAGGAGACAGCGAGCAAUGGUUCUUCUUGGUGCCGCGGCAGGAGAGGGAAGCUCGAGGAGGCCGGCCGAGCCGGACGACGGCGGCCGGAUAUUGGAAGGCCACCGGCUCUCCGGUCUACGUCUACUCCUCCUGCAGCAAGGUGAUCGGACUGAAGAAGACGAUGGUGUUCUACAGGGGAAGAGCGCCCACCGGAACCAAAACCAAGUGGAAGAUGAACGAGUACAGAGCAAUCGAUGAAGAAGCCAAGUUGAGGCAUGAGUUCAGUUUGUGCCGAGUUUAUGUGAUAUCGGGAUGCUUUCGAGCCUUCGAUCGGCGGCCGAUGGAGGCGACGGUCGGCGGACCCGAACGGCGGGGAAAGAAGACCGUUCAGAUGGCUAGGUCGCCGGAAACUUCGUGCUCGGUGCCGGGCACGGCGGAGAUCUCAGGGGAGUGCGCCGGAAGUUGCAGUAAUUUGGGGAUGGUUGAAGAAGAUGAAGAAUUUGAAGAAGCUCUUUGGGAAUGGGAUCAAAUUGAUUUUGGCCCUAGAAUCCAAAAAAUUAAUUAA